AGCACGGCUCACACGGCUGCUUACACGGGGCUGGCUGCGAGGAUGGCUGGCUUCGCGGAGCUUGGGCUGUCAUCCUGGCUCGUGGAACAAUGUCGACAGCUGGGUUUGAAGCAGCCCACGCCCGUGCAGCUCGGCUGCAUUCCCGCCAUCCUGGAAGGUCGGGACUGCCUGGGCUGUGCCAAGACAGGCAGUGGCAAGACGGCAGCCUUUGUCCUGCCCAUCUUGCAGAAGCUGUCUGAGGAUCCCUAUGGCAUCUUCUGCCUCGUCCUGACACCCACCAGGGAGCUGGCCUACCAGAUCGCAGAGCAGUUCCGGGUCCUGGGGAAGCCUCUGGGCUUGAAAGACUGCAUCAUUGUCGGCGGCAUGGACAUGGUGGCCCAGGCCUUGGAGCUCUCCCGGAAACCACAUGUGGUCAUCGCCACACCAGGGCGCCUGGCUGACCACCUCCGCAGCUCCAAUACCUUCAGCAUAAAGAAGAUUCGCUUCCUGGUGAUGGAUGAGGCGGACCGGCUGUUGGAGCAGGGCUGCACUGACUUCACCGUGGACCUGGAGACCAUCCUGGCGGCUGUGCCGGCCCGCAGGCAGACGCUGCUCUUCAGUGCCACGCUGACCGACACGCUGAGGGAGCUGCAGGGCCUGGCCACCAACCAACCCUUCUUCUGGGAGGCUCAGGCCCCGGUGGGCUAUUGGCCUCAUUCAACAGAAGGGGAAACAGGCCCGCCUGUCCCCAGUGUGCGCACAGUAGAACAGCUGGACCAGUGCUACCUGCUAGUGCCUGAGAAGGUCAAGGAUGCCUACCUGGUCCACCUGAUCCAGAACUUCCAGGACGAGCACGAGGACUGGUCCAUCAUCAUCUUCACCAACACAUGCAAGACCUGCCAGAUUCUGUGCAUGAUGCUGCGCAAAUUCAACUUCCCCACCGUGGCUCUGCAUUCCAUGAUGAAACAGAAAGAACGCUUUGCCGCCCUGGCCAAGUUCAAGUCCAGCAUCUACCGGAUCCUGAUCGCGACAGAUGUGGCCUCCCGGGGCCUGGACAUUCCCACGGUGCAGGUGGUCAUCAACCACAACACCCCCGGGCUCCCGAAGAUCUACAUCCACCGAGUCGGCCGGACAGCCCGUGCAGGGCGGCAGGGGCAGGCCAUCACGCUGGUGACGCAGUAUGACAUCCACCUGGUACACGCCAUCGAGGAGCAGAUCAAGAAGAAGCUGGAGGAGUUCUCGGUGGAGGAAGCUGAGGUGCUACAGAUCCUCACACAGGUCAACGUGGUGCGGAGGGAGUGUGAGAUUAAACUGGAGGCAGCCAACUUUGAUGAAAAGAAAGAGAUUAAUAAGCGGAAGCAAAUGAUCCUGGAGGGGAAGGAUCCCGAUCUGGAGGCCAAGCGCAAGGCCGAGCUGGCCAAAAUCAAGCAGAAGAACCGGCGCUUCAAGGAGAAAGUGGAGCAGGCACUGCAGCGGCAGAAGGCCAGCGGGGCUGGCCGCAGGGGGUGUCCAUCCAGGGCCCAGCCUGAGGCCUGCUUGUCCCCAGCACCCGCUCAGGGCCCAGCCUGAGUUCCACACGGCCCCCGUCUGCCCAGCCUGGGAUACCUUCAUCCAGCUGAAGGUUGGAGGGUCCUCCCCUCAGGAUAAUCCCUCCUCCCAGUCUGCCCAGUCCCCCUCAGCGGAGCCCACGGACACCCACGUGCAGUGCGCAGCUCUCCACCCCACCCUGCAGCCCCUGGUGGCCCCUCCUCAGAACCUUGGCCAAGAGGCAGGCUGCAGAGGAGGAAAGAACGCUAUGAGGUUGGGCCCAAGUCCACGUACAGUGACCCCAGCCCAGGGUCACCCUGGGGGUGCUGUGGGGCCCCAGAGCGAAGGUGUGUCGCUUGCAGGAGAUGCUCAAUAAAUGAGUCUUUUGA